GAGGCAGACAGUCCCACAUUGAAUGCCAUCAAUUUUUAGCCUAAUGCGAAACACGCUGAAACGGGCGCCUGGACGAGAUUAAUCGAAUCCCCUCACUGAAAAUGGCUGCCAUUGACUUUAUAACGUUAACUGGUGACAGCGAGAAAAAACAAGCGGGAGAGAAAGCUGAGAGUGGCAAUGAAGAGGAAAACCAGGACCUGUCAGAGGAGGAAGGAGGCGCAGGGAAGGCAGAGGCCAGUUCGUCGACACUCAUGCUCGCCGUGACCUCAGCUAAGACCAAGAAAAAGAAACACAGGCACCGCAGCAAACACAAGAGACACAAGCAGUCUUCGCCUGAGGACAAGGAGCGACGCCACAAGCACCGGCACAAGCACAAAAAGCACAAGCGUAAAGACGGCCCCUUGACUGACGGCUUCCCCACCGGUGGCGACGACGACGACACCGCUUUCCCAUACUCUUCCUCCGCCAAGCCGCCGAGACUGGAAGACGAUGAGAUGGCGCUUCUGGAGGAGCUGGAGAAACAGAGGGCCCUGAUCCAAGCCGAGCUAGACAGUGAAAUGACUGAGGGUGGCAGGGGGGUACAGUCGGGCAUGGCUCUCAUACUCCAGGGAUACCACUCUGGGGUGGAGGAGGAUGGGGAGAUUCAGGGGGAGAGGAUGUGCAACGGGCAGCACUUCCGGAAAGGGGCAACGGGGCACGUGGCAGGCUCAGGCUCGCAGACUGCUAAAGACACCGGUAGAGUCCAGCGAGAGUCGACAGACACCGGCAAAGCUAAGCAGAACAAUCCCAAUAAAAACGGCAGGAAGAGAAAGAUGGACGGCAAGACCAAGGAUCAGAUGAGAGGACUGAGCACGUCCAGGGAUAGAGACAACAGGAGACAUUCCAGGAGUGCAGAUUGCUUCAAGGAAAGGGCACAGGCGUCCAAGUCUCCUCCUGGCACUAGCAAGCAGCCUUCCCUGCCGGCUCAAAGCAGAGAGGCACAAAGCCAGGACAAACACAAGAAGGCGAUCAAGUCCCCCGCCAAGGACGCUUCCUCUGGGAAUGGGAACUGCUCUCCUGGCCUACGAGGGAGGCCGCCAGGUCCUGCCUCCCAGCUGCAGCGCAGCAAGUCCCCAUCACAGUGCCGGGACCUCCGGGCCUCCACCGGAGCCGAGCGAAGGGCCAGGUCACCGCCACCACUCAGAGGGGUCCACCCGAGCCCCCCAGAGAGUCAAAGGAGAGAGGUGGACCGACUGAGACUCUCACCUGGCAGGAUUCGGAGCCAGGACGAAGCGGGGGGCCGUAGGGAUGCCAGCGCAGCUCUAGGUGCCCGGCGACGGCUCAGCCGCUCACCAUUCAGGCGGAGGUGUUGCUCUCCCAGGAGACGCAGCAGGUCUCCAUUCAGGAGGAGGUCAUUGGAUCGGGACAGGAUGGGACGGAGGCCGCAGUGGGGUUCCAGAUCCCAGGAGGGGAGGCAGAGACUGAGCCGGGACAGAGAGGACAAGUUCAAGGGCAGCCUCUCGGAGGGAAUGAAGGUCGACAAGGAGGACUCUGAAGAUGAAGUGCUGGAAGAUUAUGAUGUGGAUGAGGACGACGAGGAGGCUCUCAUCGAACAGCGGAGGCUACAGCGUCUGGCCAUCGUCCGGAAGUACAAGGGAGGGAACGAGGACAGUAACAUGUCGGAGCCCGGCAGCCCGCAGAGCAGCCAGCGCAGCCGCUCGCCUUCGCCGGACGACAUCCUGGAGCGUGUGACGGCCGACGUCAAAGAGUACGAGCGGGAAAACAUGGACACCUUUGAAGAAAACAUCAAGGCUAAGCACAACCUCAUCGAACAGGAGAAAGAUGAAGGAACCAACCCCAAAAAACCUUCCGGCCCCGACAUGUUUACUGAAUCGGAUGACAUGUUCGCCGCCUACUUUGACAGUGCAAGGUUUCGAGCAGCAGGUAUCGGGAAGGACUUCAAGGAGAACCCCAACCUCCGAGACAACUGGACAGACGCAGAGGGAUACUACCGACUCAAUAUCGGGGAGAAACUGGACAAGCGGUACAGUGUGUACGGCUACACUGGGCAGGGCGUGUUCAGCAACGUCAUCCGAGCCCGUGACGUGGCCCGCGCCAGCCAGGAGGUUGCUAUUAAGAUCAUUCGGAACAACGAGCUCAUGCAGAAGACUGGGCUCAAGGAGCUGGAGUUCCUGAAGAAACUCAAUGAUGCCGACCCUGACGACAAGUUCCACUGCCUGCGCCUCUUCCGACACUUCUACCACAAGCAGCACCUCUGCCUGGUCUUCGAGCCUCUCAGUAUGAACCUGCGCGAGGUGCUGAAGAAGUAUGGCAAAGACGUGGGCCUCCACAUCAAGGCGGUGCGCUCCUACAGCCAGCAGCUCUUCCUGGCCCUGAAGCUGCUCAAACGCUGCAACAUCCUUCACGCCGACAUCAAACCUGACAAUAUCCUGGUGAACGAGUCGAAAACCAUCCUCAAGCUCUGCGACUUUGGUUCAGCGUCGCAUGUGGCAGAGAAUGACGUCACUCCCUACCUGGUUAGCCGGUUCUACAGGGCGCCGGAGAUUAUCAUCGGGAAGCUUUAUGACCACGGCAUCGACAUGUGGUCCGUUGGCUGCACUCUGUAUGAGCUGUACACGGGCAAGAUCCUUUUCCCAGGGAAAACCAACAACCACAUGAUUAAGCUCGCCAUGGACCUCAAGGGCAAGAUGCCCAACAAGAUGAUCAGGAAAGGCGUGUUCAAGGACCAGCACUUUGACCAGAACCUCAACUUCCUGUACACCGAAGUAGACAGAGUUACUGAAAGGGAGAAGGUGACAGUGAUGAGCACCAUCAACCCCACCAAGGAGCUGCUGGCUGACAUGGUGGGCUGCCAGCGUCUGCCCGAGGACCAACGCAAGAAGGUGGCCCAGCUCAAGGACCUGCUGGACCAGACACUUAUGCUGGACCCGGCCAAGAGGAUCAGCAUCAACCAGGCCCUGCAGCACCCCUACAUCCAGGAGAAGAUCUUCUGACCACUUCGUACUGUAUCCACUCACAGUCAUGCAUUGAUUGCUGCAACCAGUACUGAGUCCUUAGUUUGACUAUGGUUGGACCCCCAUCCCAUCUGGCACUGCUGAUGGAAAGGAAGUAGUAUUAUCUUUCUUCCCCUGUUUGAACCACACACACACACUAUCUCUCCCGUUUUUCAUCGAUCUUCUGGAUUGUAUAAAUAACCGUAGUAGGGCUCCAAGCAGAAUGCCUGCUGCAUAGCAUAUGUUCAGUUUCAGCCUACCUGCAAGUCAGAUAGUUCUGUCUCAUUAUAAGCCCUCUAUCUCAUGGACAGUAAGCCACUCGAGUUGGACUUUCAUCCAAUCAGAUCUUCCGUUUUUUGAUUGGCCCCUUGCAGGUGACUGAAGGUGGAUGAAAUGUUUUGCUGUAAAAUAAAAUAAAAUAAGUGAAUUCUGAUUGGGUUAAGUAAAAUGUAAAUUCUGAUUUAUUGGGGAGGGUUAGUCAAAUGUUCAUUCUGAUUGGGUUAAGUCAAAUGUUAAUUCUGAUUGGGUUAAGUCAAAUGUAAAUUCUGAUUGUUGGGAAGGGUUUUUGAGUUAACGGUCAUUCAUGAGUUACCAAGGCAGUGACAAGCAGGGAGGGUAACCCAAUACCCUUACCCUUUUGAAUGGGAUGUUUGUACAGUGGGUUGACUAAACUCCUGCAACCUUGGCAGCUCCUUUGACUUACUGUUACCUGUGAUGUGGUGCAGGGCCAGCAUAAAUGAUGUCUAUAUCCGCGUCUCCCCCAGGUAUUGAAAGCCCCCAUCCACCCUGUCCCCACAUCCUGGUGUCUGUGCAGGCCCUGGUCCGCAUGCCCGUUCUGCUGCUGCCUGUAGGUCUGUCAGUGCCGAAAACCCAAACGGUUGGGGGGGGGUCCUUGGGUUCUACCUGCAGGGAUGGCCCCUCAUGUUUAAAGCAGGUUGUAUACCACUUACAGUACAUUGAAGGUAAGCUAUCUCCCCCACCCGCCUAAACAAAAAACUAAGCUCAUCAACUUCAACUGGUUAUUACCUCCAUGUUUUAUUUUUUUUUAUAUAUUACACAUGGUUUUAGCCAGAUGUCCCUGUAGACAUGGUUAUGUCAAGAAAUAUGGUUUCUAUAAGACAACUAUAUAUUUCUUAAACAUAAUUCAAAUCACUGUGGCAAAGAUUGGAUUUUUAAAAAAAGAAUCCAAAUCGGUCAUGCAUCUAAAUUGUAGAGAAAAUUGUGGGGGGGGGGCUUAUCCAACAAGCUGUCACCUUCAGUGUACUAAUCUUAAUGCAACAGCUGUUUUAUUUGCUCUACUGUGUAAUGAAUACCUUUUUUUUUUUUUUUUUCUGUGCUCCCUCUACGGUGUUACGAUGUUAGAAACUGUGAGGAUAGCAGUCUUGCUAUGUACACAAAAGCAUGUGUUAAUUGUUUCUAGGUGUGUUCUCUUAAAAAAAAAAAAAAAAAAAUAGAAUAAGGCUAUGUAAGUGUUUUGUUUCCAUCUGUUAUCUGUCAUUGGUUUUCAUGUUUUGUAUGACCAUGGUGUCUUUUGAUACAGGGAUAUUCCUGCACUGAGCUUUGAGUCUGCUUGUUAUGAGCGGUAAUUGCCUCUACUUUAUUUGGUGUUAUAUAUAUAUAUAUAUAUAUAAUGAUGAUCUUAUAGGACCAAAACAGAAAUAAAACAGCCUAAAUGAGUAGCUAAUGCAGUAUGUAUGCCUUUUCCAUAAAAUGUCUUCCCUACAUACAAAUGCCAAUGUUCAGGCCCCAUAAAGUGUCAACAAUGAACUGAAAUGCGUUCUUUUUAAAGCUAAUUCACCAAACCUAAACUAAGAAUACUUUGGUGUUCAGCAACUUUUAGGCUGGAAUCCAAACUUGAGAUCUGUGCGCCAAAACUUGACACGUACAGAUCGAAAGUUAGAAUUCGGCCCUCACGUGCUAGAUUUAGUUCAAACCAAAGGAGCAGAAGAAGACAACAUUUUGUGUGCUGUUUCACUGACGCUGAUGUUUGUGCUGUUUUUCCCCACAAUGAUGUUUCCUGUGGUGGCUGAGAGCGAGACAAGAGUCCAGCACUUCCUUCUCCAGGCCGGGCUCCCCUUUCAGAGAGACAAGACCUCCACAAGGCCACUUAUCAAGGUCAUUUCUGAUGGCAUGUGUAGAUACUAAAAGCCGUAAAGCUAUAGAAAUAAAUAGUCGCAAACUCGUAUAACUCCCAGCGACUCUAUUUAGUUGUAUAGCUUCCAGUUAAUUUGCCGAUAGUCAGCACCUCUACACUAAUGUUCCCUGGGGAUGCUCCAACUUGUUAUUAGAUACUAGAAGCCAAACAACACUGGGGGUGAUGUAAAAUACAAUAUGGCGAAUUCAUUUUGCUUACUGUUUUCCGGGAAGGCAUUUGUCAUAGACGCUCACCCACACUCGACCAUUAAAAAGUUGUGGUUCCAAAUGUUUCCUCUGUUAAGGAUUUAUCGUUCUAUUCGUCUACACAUGACAGACACUUUUUGGUUAACAAAGUGUCAUUACAAGCUGCACAUGUACCUGAGUGUGUUUUGGUUACGCAUAUGGCUCUAAACUGGUUCCAGAUUGCCACAAGGCGUCAGGUAGCUUGACUUGUAACUGUCAAAGUUGAACCACCAGGCGUCCGGUAGCUUGACUUGUAACUGUCAAAGUUGAACCACCAGGCGUCAGGUAGCUUGACUUGUAACUGUCAAAGUUGAACCACCAGGCGUCAGGUAGCUUGACUUGUAACUGUCAAAGUUGAACCACCAGGCGUCCGGUAGCUUGACUUGUAACUGUCAAAGUUGAACCACCAGGCGUCAGGUAGCUUGACUUGUAACUGUCAAAGUUGAACCACCAGGCGUCCGGUAGCUUGACUUGUAACUGUCAAAGUUGAACCACCAGGCGUCAGGUAGCUUGACUUGUAACUGUCAAAGUUGAACCAAGAUACUUGUUCAUUUGUUCUCUAUAUGUUCUAGGUGCCGCCCUUUUAGAGAAGAGUCUCGCAAGGAACCUCCUCUGGACAAAGGGUAAGUCAGAACUUCUCUUCCCUGCCUUGGUUCCUUCAGUCUCCUCUUUCUGCUUUGGUGCCCAUGUAAGACUGGAGACCAGGGAAGAUGUUCAACGAAUGAGCCCCUGUGGAUAUUUCUCAAAUAGAAAAUGUAAUGUUAUGUAACACAUUUGUCUACAUCCUUCACUUUAUUCAAUGUAAUCUUGUACACUACUGUUUCCUUAUGAUAUAACAUCAAUGUGCAUGCUUUGUCCUUAAUUGAGAACAUAACGUGUUCAUUUUUCAUUUGGCGUAUUAAUAUAAUAAACAUAGGCACAGACUA